AUGGAUCUUAAGUUUUUAAUGGUUGUUGUCGUAGGGGUAUUGAUUCUCACAACUGAUAUUGUCUGUGGUAGAAAGAUUGUUGGGGAGGAGAAUCUAACUCUCGAAUACGACCAGGGCUUUAGCAAGAUUGGUUGUGACUCAAAAACAAGUGUAUCGUGUGGUGUUCGCGAUUCAAUACAUAGAGAAGGAGGUCAUGUUUGGGACUAUAUUCAACAAGGUAUCCAAGUUAAGUUGAGAGGAGAGGUCGAAGAUAGUGGUAGAGUAACCACUAAAGGUAGGACAAUACAGAUGGGUGAUGAUAGUGGGUCGACCAAUACAUGGUUAGAUAGCAGAGGGCCUAUCAACGGAACUUACGUCAACAAAACAUCAAAUAAUUCAAUCUACAAUGGCAAAAAGAAUCAAAUUGUAUCUGGAAGUUAUCCCAAUACGCAGUCAUCCAAUGGAAUGAUUGAUAAUGAAGGCGGAGGCGGAGGCGGUGGAGGCGGUGGUGGUAGUGGUGGAGGAGGCGGAGGCGGCGGCGGUGGAAAAUGA